GUUAAAUACUAAAUAUUAUUGACUGUUUAUACUAACAUUCGUUAGUAUAUGUAAUUUUUUAUUAUAUCAGUCAAUUAACAAUUUUUAUAUAUUUUAUAUAUAUAUAUUUAUAACAAUCUAUAUAUAUAUAUAUAUAUAAUAAUGAAGAUUAUUUGAAAGUUAAAAUUAUUAAUUUUUUAUUGGUUUAAAACGAGUCAUUAAUUUAUUAUAUAAAUAAAAGUCAAAAUUUAUAUUUAUAAAAAUAUACAAUGAAAAAAUGGCAGAUAUUUUAACACCAUUUGUAUAUUGGGCUCAAACAGAACAUCAAAUUACAUUAAAGGUAGAAUUGACUGAUACUUGGCGUGUUAAAGUUUCAAUGAAUGAGAACAAAUUAAAGGUUACUGUUUAUGGGCAAGGUGCUAGAGGUCUUAAUAAAUAUGGAUUUAGCUUGGAUUUACAUUCAUCUAUUAAUGUUGAGGAAAGUAAUUAUAAAGUAACAGCUCGUCAAGUUGACUUUAUAUUGGGAAAAAAAUGUCCUGCUUGGUGGCCAAGAUUAACCAGUCAACCGCAAAAACCAUCAUGGUUAAAAAUUGAUUUUGAUAAAUGGACAAGCGAAGAUUUAGAUGAUAAUGAAGAAGAAAAGAGAGAUGUAUGUAGUGAUUAUCCUGACAUGUAUGAUAAACUUCAUAAAGAAGAGUUUGGUUAUAAAAAAGAAGAUUUCAAAAAAGUAUAUCUAAUUAUUUAUAACCUUUGUCAAUUUGUUGGUUUUAUAUAUAUCCUUACUGUAAUAGGAAUUAUGUAUUCACGAGAUGGGCCAGCUUCUAUGAAAGAAACAUAUAUAGCUGUUGGAAAUGCAAUGAAAUUUAUACAACUUAUACAAUUCUUAGAAGUUAUGCAUGCAUUAUUUGAUUACACUAAAAGUAGUACACUUGUAACAUUUAUACAAGUUGGAGGCAGAGCAUUUAUUUUAUUUACUAUGAUUGAAGCUGAACCACGUAUGCAAACAAAACCAGUUAUUUUUUAUCUUUUUCUUAUUUGGAGUACAGUGGAAAUAGUGAGAUAUCCUUAUUAUAUCACACAAUUACUUAAAAUAGAGAUUUCAUUUUUAAAAUGGUUAAGAUAUACAAUAUGGAUGCCUUUAUAUCCAUUAGGUUUUCUUUGUGAAGGAAUUAUAAUAUUAAGAAAUAUUCCCUACUUUGAAGAAACACAAAAAUUUACUAUCUCUUUACCAAACUCCUGGAAUUUUGCAUUUCAUUUCCCAUCAUUUUUAAAAAUAUACUUACUGAUAUUUUGUUUACCUUUUAUGUAUAUGCUAAUGUCUCGUAUGAAUCAAAUACGUUAUAAAAAAUUAGGCAAAUCUAAGUUAAAAAAAAAAUAUUUAUGAUGUAAUAAAUAAUAUCAAAACUAAAAUAUUAGGAAAUUCAAUUAAUGAUUUAAUUAUGGUAAUGGUACAAUUUAUUUUAGAAUUAAAGUGAAAUGAAUAAAUAUAAUAUAUUUAAAUAUAUUUAUUUUAAAUUUAUAUUUAUAUGUCAAGAUUUUAAAUUUAUAAAUUUUUUUAUUUAGAAAAUUUGAAACAUUUUAUUUUUAAUUUACAUAUUAUUUAUCUUUGUAGCUAUAAAUUUAAAAAUAAUACAAGUAGAGAUUUAAUGUAUAUAUAGUAUGUGAUUUUGUAAUUAUAAAUAAACCGAAUAUUGAU